AACAACGUGGAUUCAGUGCAGUUCACCGGUGUGCAGUAAUAGUGUUAUGUGUGGCCAGAGUCUUGUUCUCUCUCUAAAAUGCAGAUAUCUAGUGUGAAUGAUGUGAAGAUUUACAACUUAAGCCAUGGAAAGUCUCUUCCCGAGUGGUUGUCAGAUCGGAAGAAAAGACAGCUCCAGAAGAAAGAUGUGGACAUCCAGCGUAGGAUUGAGCUCAUCCAGGACUUUGAGAUGCCCACAGUGUGCACCUCUAUCAAAGUGUCGAGAGAUGGGCAGUUCAUCCUGGCAGCAGGCACUUACAAGCCCAGGAUUCGCUGUUACGACACCUAUCAGCUCUCCCUGAAGUUUGAGCGCUGUCUGGAUUCAGACAUUGUGGCCUUUGACAUCCUGUCUGAUGACUACUCAAAGCUGGUGUUUCUACACUGUGACCGCUACGUAGAGUUCCACUCCCAGCACGGACACUACUACAAGACACGUAUUCCAAAGUUUGGACGGGACUUCUCUUACCACUACCCGUCCUGUGACCUCUAUUUUGUGGGGACAAGUUCAGAGGUGUUCAGACUGAAUCUGGAACAAGGGCGCUUCCUCAACUCACUCCAGACUGAUGCUGUGGAGAACAAUGUGUGCCAUAUCAACCCCGUCCAUCAUUUGUUUGCCACAGGCACCUCUGAGGGAAGGGUUGAAUGCUGGGACCCUCGUGUCCGGAACAGAGUGGGCAUGCUGGACUGCGCCCUGAGCAGCCUCGCUGAAGGAACAGAAGUUCAAGGUUUGCCCUCCAUCAGUGCUCUGAAGUUUAAUGGCUCCCUCACCAUGGCAGUCGGCACCAGCACAGGACAGGUGCUGCUGUACGACCUGCGCUCCAGCAAGCCGCUGCUGGUUAAGGACCACUUCUACAACCUUCCAAUCAAGUCACUCAACUUCCACGAUCAAAUGGACCUGGUUGUGUCUGCUGACUCCAAGAUUAUAAAAAUGUGGAACAAAGACAGUGGCAAGGUGUUCUCCUCCAUACAGCCUCAGACCAACAUUAAUGAUGUGUGCAUGUAUCCUCAUUCAGGUAUGCUCUUCACUGCCAAUGAAGACCCCAAGAUGAACACGUUCUACAUCCCGGCUCUGGGCCCAGCUCCGAGAUGGUGCUCCUUCCUGGACAACCUGACAGAGGAGCUGGAGGAGAGUCCAGAGAGCACAGUGUACGAUGACUACAAGUUUGUCACCCGGAAGGACCUGGAAAAUCUGGGUUUGUCUCACCUGGUGGGAUCAUCUCUCCUGAGAGCCUACAUGCACGGCUUUUUCAUGGACAUAAGGCUUUACCACAAGGUCAAAAGCAUGGCGAAUCCUUUCGCAUACGAGGAGUAUCGCAAGGAUAAGAUCCGCCAGAAGAUUGAGGAGUCCAGGACUCAGAGAGUGCAGGUUAAGAAGCUGCCCAAGGUGAACAAGGAGCUGGCUCUCAAGCUGAUGGAGGAGGGUGAUGACGCAGCAGAGCUGGCUUCUAGGAAAAAGAAGGGCAAGGCUCUCCCCAGCAUCCUGGGCGACGACCGCUUCAAGGUGAUGUUUGAAAAUCCAGACUACCAAGUAGACGAGCAGAGCGAGGAGUUCCGCCUGCUCAACCCCAUCGUCUCCAAGGUUGGACAAAAAAGGAAGAAGAAGCUGCGUCUCCUGGCUCAGCAGGCCGCAGCCUCCCAGCAGGCAGCAGAAGAGGAGGAGGAGCCCGAGGGGCGAGCCAGCUCCGAGGAGGAGAGCUCGGACGACGACAAGAGCUGGGUGGAGGAGGUGAGGGAGCAGCGGAGGCUGCUGCGGCAGGAGGACCGAGACCGCCGGCGGCAGGAGAGGAAGGAAGCAGACCGCAACACUGUCCUGCUGGAGAGGGAACAGAACGGAGGAGAGAAAACCUCAAACAUGGCUGAGAGCAAGAAGACAAGUCAGCCUCAGUUUUAUCAGAUCAAAGCCGGGGAGGAGUUCCGAAGUUUUAAUGACAUGGCCCGCAAGCAGAAACUACAGAAGGCUUCUCUGGAGGACCGUCUGAAGUUGGAGGAGCACUCUGGAACUAGCAACAUGGCCGACACUGCAGUUGGUAGCAAACAGCUAACCUUCACUCUCAAAAAGUCGGAGCAGCAGAGGAAGCAGCAACAGGCAGAGCGGGAGCACCAUGAGGAGAGGAGGAAGGUGAGGCGCUCGGCCGGGCACCUGAGCAGCGGCCGCGGAAGAGGCUGGGGCGGCGGCAGGGGAAGAGGAAGAGGAGGAAGAGGCCGGCACUGAGGAGCGUAGCUUCAUCCUCUCGUGGAUGGACAACAGAGGCAUUCCUGGCAAAGUCCUCACCUAAAAAUCUAAGGUUUCGUAGUUUCUGCCAUUGACUCAACUCUGACAGUCUUCAGUUGUUGAAGAAAGCUGCUCUGAAGCCUGAGGGACAUUCUGCACAAGGCACAGACUGACACCGGUGAACAGAUGAUCCUGGUCCUGCUCCUGGGUGGUCUGAGCCAUGUUUUUAGCUGCGCUCUGCAAAUUCAGAGCAUUUUAAAAAAAGAUUACCUAUGUUGCUGCCUCUGUGCAUAUAGCACGUAUGCCAUUAUCCAAAAGCAUCUUGACUACAUUGUGUUUUUUUCGGUGGGGGUGGCUCCAAGAGGAAUUACAGAUGUGAGGAGCUGAAAGGACUUGACAUGACCUGCCUUCUCUUGGGCAUUUAGUUUCAGUGGAGCCUACUUCUUCUUAUAAUGGAUUGGGAAAGGCUGUGAGUGUAAAAUGAUCAUUUGCUCAUUACUGUAUAUUGUUAAGCCAGCAUUGGAUUAACAACACUUGUACUAUUGGUACAACACUUGCUCUUCUACUUUGUUUUUAUUCCUGAAAAUCAAAAUAUACCAUUUUCCACUGAGCGCCAAAAUGGCUUUAAAAUGUAUAAAUGCUAAGUCAAACUAGACCAUGCUUCCUUUGCAGCAGAUUACUACCUACUUGCGUCAGAAGAAGUAAUAGGAGGGGAGGGGGAAAAUGUGAAUGAGGAAAGUUUUUUUUUUUUUUUUCCUUUCCCCCGCCAACAACUGCAGUUCUUGGAAAAAGGAGGACUGCUUGGGUGUCCUUCCCAUCCCCCAAUGUGCUGAUGGUGAUGGUGUGAACCCCCUCUGCUCCUGUAUUGGCCCAUUUCGAAUGGGAGGGAGGUGCGUUUCAGCGCUCAGCAUGCCAAACAUGGCCCUCCAGGCUCAUUUGAGCUCAUUUGAUGUCACCAUGCUUUUUCACCAUGGCCCAUCUGUCAGGUUUUGUGGCAGCAUGAACAACACCUCACUGAAGAGCAAUCCAAUAAAUUAGCAUGUUAAUUUCUCCCUGGACAUUUGCUGCAAGAGCCUUACAUACCAUCAGAGCUGUGAGCUUUAUAACUCUCAUAUCUGUACAGUAAAUAUGAAGCUAGAGCUGGCAGGCAGUUAGGUUAACUUAGCAUGAAGACGGGGAAACAGCUAGCCUGGCUUUGUCCAUAUAUCUUAUCUGUUUAACACGUACAAAAAAAUGAAACAGAUUUUUAAAAUGACAGUGUCAUUUUAUGGGGAUUUCUGUGCAAGUCUGUUGCCUCAGGGUUUAACAUACUCUAAAAAAGAAAUUCAUGAACACAAAGCCCUUCUGGGAUGAACAGGAAGUGUCUUGUUCCUACCCAAGUAUUUGUUGAGAGAUUUUUGUCAGUAGAAAGUGUGUUACUGAGGCUAGAUGACAAAGCUCCAUCCUUUGUGUUGGGAAACCAGUGGCACUGUCAUACCAUAGAAAAAAAACCCCAUCAUUUAGCUAAGUGUCAUCUGGUAUAGUUGUCUAAUCUGGGUUCCAGGCAAAGUGCCCCCUUUUUCUCUCACAAUGCUUUGACUUCACCAUGACAACUGGCAACAGGGCCACAGGAAGUGGGUCAACCAAACCUGUCACAAAGAAUGAGAAAACAAACCGAACUUCCACAGAGGCAAGGACAGGCUAUGUGAGAUAACGUCCCUUAUAAGCCAACCCAUUGGGUGGACCUGCAUUAUGCCACGUGGUUUGAGCUGUCUUCAGAUUUUCUGACUCGAGACACUUAACAAGGUUUUCUCUGGAAAUGAUCAAACCUGUUCCUUACUUGAAACCACGCAAAUUAGAACUAACCGGGAAAAAAAAAACCAGUCCAGUCACCUCCAACUGGACGGUAGUAACCUCAGAUAUUUUUAAAUCUGGAUCAAUAAAACCAAAACUGUCUGCAUGGCUAGUUAUUACUAGGGUAAAGUGAGAAAAUAUGAAAGUACAUCUGCUGAUUGACAGUCUAGGUGGUUUUAUGUGUGUACACAAGUUGUACGUUUUGUUUAAUGUGUUCCUGACUUACUUCCAUACUGUUCCAUACUUGCUGUAGUAUGCAAAUAUGAGGGAACCACAUUUUGAACCUCAUUUACAUAUUAUGUAGGUUUGAAGCCAUAAAGCCUGCAGAAAUAUCGUUUGUGAACUUAGUAGUGUGUGUUAACAUGAGAAUCCUGAAAUGAAAACAUAUCCUUGUUUGAGCUCAUACACACAGUGUUUGCUUAAAGGAGACUGCAGUGUGCAUGGGCUUGCUGGUUAGACUUGUUUAGUUCUUAACUAGCCCCCCCCAGGGAUUGUGUUACCCAAUCUUCACUUCAUUGAAAAAAAAAAAAAAAAAAGUUUUUAGUAUUUAAUGUUCUGGA